GAGCAUCAUGGCUUCCCUCUACCUGCUUAUGCUAAAGAAGGCGAUAUUGUCAUAGGAGGACUCAUUCCUGUACACGAGAAAACUGUAAAACAGAAAUUGACUUUAAAAGAGAAACCUCCAAGGAUAAAAUGUGAAAAGUUUUACACAGAGAAAUACCAAUACGUCCUUGCCAUGCUUUUUGCGAUUGAGGAAAUAACUGCAAGCUCACUUCUAAUACCAAACGUUACUCUAGGAUUUGAAGUUUAUGACUCCUGUUACUCAGAUGCUGCUGCAAUAGAAAGCGUCAUGAGCUACCUGUCUGGCAAGCAAACAAAGGUCCCCAAUUACAGCUGUAAGUCGGUACCACCAAAGAGGGCUGCGGUAGUUGGCGAUUCCCCAUCAUCUGGUUCCAUUGCUAUUGCAAGGAUUCUUGGGCUCACCUUGUUCCCACAGAUCAGCUAUGCAUCAGCCCUACCUUCCCUCGCUGACAAAACCCAAUUUCCAUCCUUUGUGAGAACCGUGGGUACUGUUGACUCCCAACCUGUUGCUGUUGUUGAGAUGAUUAAGCAUUUUAAUUGGUCCUGGGUGGGCAUUGUAUCCUCCAGUAACGACUAUGGAGACCAAGGCAGUCAGAAGUUGAAAGCAGAGAUGGCAAAAAAUAGAAUAUGUGUUGCAUUUGCCAAAACAUUAUUCACCAUACCAAGUAAAGCUAAUUUGGAAGAUAUCGUCCGUGUUAUAAAGAAAUCAACAGCCAAUGUUAUUGUAUUGUACGCCUAUGCAACAGAGUUAAUUGCUUUAUUGCAAGCGGUCACUGCCGAGAAAAUAUUGGGAAAGGUAUGGAUUGCUGUUGGAAGUUGGCUUCCAUCAGCUGUGUUUUCCCAAAAAGAUUUAUGGGCAACCCUAAAUGGAACCAUAGGUCUUGCAAAAUACAGUUCAGAUAUCCCAGGCUUCAGGGAUUUCCUAUACAGCAUCCAUCCUUCUAAAUACCCCGAUGACAUUUUUAUAAAGGAGUUUUGGGGACAUGUAUUUGGUUGUAAAUGGACUGAAUAUAAUACUUCCUCCCAUGGACCCAUUUGUACUGGCAAAGAAGAGUUAAGGAAACUUGAUAGCUCCGUGUACGAUACAAGAAAUUUCCGACUAGCAGUUUCCGUGUACAAUGCGAUGUAUGCCGUGGCACAUGCUAUACAUGAUAUGAUGUUCUGUGAACCAGGAAAAGGGCCAUUUUUUAAUGGCACAUGUGCCCACAUUGACAACUUUCACCCCUGGCAGCUUUUCUAUUACAUUAAACAUGUAAAUCUCAUGACCACCGCAGGAGAAAGGGUGGCUUUUGAUGAAAAAGGUGAACUUAAGGGACUUUAUGAUGUUUUGAACUGGCAAGUGUCGGGUGGUAUGAAAGGUGGCCUGGUGAAAAUUGGAAUCUUUGAUGACUGGGGACCCAAUGGAAAGAAACUCUUAUUAAGUGAAAACGUAAUAUUAUGGGGUGAAAAAUACACACAGGUCCCGACCUCCAUGUGUUCUGUCAGCUGUCCUCCAGGUUAUAGAAAAGCACCACGUGAAGGUGAACCCUUUUGCUGCUAUGAUUGUAUUCCAUGUUCAGAUGGAGAAAUUUCCAAUCAGACAGAUACAACUGACUGUGCGAGGUGUCCAGAUGACCAGUGGUCCAACGUGAAUCGAGUAAAAUGCAUCCCUAAAUUAAUUGAGUUUCUAUCAUAUGAAGAACCGCUGGGCAUGGCGUUGUCUGGUGUCACUGGAGCAUGUUCUGUGCUCACCAUUUCUGUGCUCUGUAUCUUUAUUCGGUUUCGUGAUACCCCACUGGUGAAAGCCAACAACAGAAGUCUCAGUUACUUACUCCUGGUGGCUCUUCUGCUCUGCUUCCUUUGUUCGUUUUUAUUCAUCGGACGACCGUCACCAAUAACCUGCCUCAUCCGUCAAGCUAUCUUUGGUACUAUAUUUUCGCUCUGCGUCUCUUCAAUUUUUGCCAAGACUAUCACGGUGGUUAUUGCCUUCAAUGCCACCAAGCCUAAUAGUUCACUUAGGAAAUGGGUUGGAUCUUCAAUCCCCAAUUCUAUUAUUGUUUUUGGUUCCACUAUCCAAUGCCUGAUUUGUACCUCUUGGGUAAUUAUAUACCCUUCCUCUCCAGAACUUAACUUGAAAGCAUCCAGGGACAAGAUAACAGUAGAGUGUAAGGAUGGUUCAGUAAUAUUUUUUUAUAUAAUGCUGAGCUUCUUGGGUUUUUUAGCAUUUUUAACUCUAGUUCUUGCUUUUUUAGCUAGGAAUUUGCCUGAUGGUUUCAAUGAGACAAAAUUUAUCACGUUUAGCAUGCUGGUUUUUACAAGUGUUUGGGUAUCCUUCAUCCCAGCCUAUGUCAGCACUAAGGGCAAAUAUAUGGUCGCAGUAGAAAUUUUUGCAAUACUAUCAUCCAGCUUUGGUCUCCUCUGCUGUAUUUUUGCACCCAAGUGUCAUAUUAUCAUUCUUAGACCUCAUAUGAACACUAGAGAAUUCCUAACAUCGAAAACAAAUUCGACUGGUAGAAAGCGAUAAAUGUAUUGAUUCGAUAAGAUUGCUGGCCUUUUUUAUUUAAA